GAACGCGCUCAACAAGAGAGUGAGGAGCGCGUCCUCAUCUCUGUCUUUCCUGAUCAGUGCACCCAUCGUGUAGGCAGAACCACGUGCAUGCAGUAGCUAUUUGCUUACUUCUUUUCAACGUCCGCCUCAUAUAAACACACGGAAGCACGAUGGUGAAGUUAGCGAAGACUCCAAAUAAACAAGUAAACCAGAAGAAAAAAGCCCCUCCUCCCCCCAAAGAAGUGGAUGAAGAAUCAAGCGAAGAAGAGGAGACUCCACCACCAAAAGUGGCAAAAAAAGCUACACCAGCCAAAGCUGCCAAGGUUAAUGCUAAAAAUGGCAAAGCUGCCAAGAAAGCAGAAAGUGAAGAGGAAGACGAUGAUUCCGAGUCUGAAGAGGAGGCCCCACCCCCUAAGAAAACCCCUGCCAAAGCAGCUGCAAAAGUUGCUCCUGCUGCUGCGGAAGAAUCUGAUGAUGAUGAUGAAGACGACGACGAUGAUGAUGAUGAAGAGUCCGAGGAAGAACCCCCACCACCCAAGAAAGCAGCCAAGGCUGCUGCAAAGGCCCCUGCCAAGCAAGUAAAGAACAAACCUGCAAAGGAGCCCUCAGAUGAUGAGGAUGAAGAUGAGGAAUCUGAAGAAGAGGCCCCUCCUCCCAAGAAGGGUGCAAAACAAGCUGCUAAGCCAAAAGCAAAACCAGCUAAAGUAGAGGAUGAGGAGGAGGAGGACGAUGAUGAGGAUGAAGAUGAGUCUGAAGAGGAAAUGGACACAACACCUGCUCCUGCAGCUGCAAAGGCAAAGAAGGCUGGCAUGGUCAAGGCCAAGGAAGAGUCUGAGGAUGACGACGAUGAGGAUGACGAGGAAGAGGACGACGAUGAGGAUGACGAGGAAGAGGACGACGAUGAGGAAGAAGAAGCCCCAGUGACUCCUGGUAAGAGGAAGGCAGAGGCUAAGAAGGACACACCACCUGCCAAAAAGGCCAAGUCAGAAGGAGAAGGUUUCUGUCUGUUUGCUGGUAACCUGAACUCCAACAAAGACUUCGAUGAAAUCAAAAGUUCCAUGAGGAAAUUUUUCGCCAAGAAUGACAUUGAAGUCGCUGAAGUCCGGUUAGGUGCAUCCAAGAAAUUUGGCUAUGUGGAGUUUUCGUGUGAGGAGGAUAUGCAAAAAGCAAUGGAACUCAAUGGCAAAAAGGUUAUGGGUCAGGAAAUCAAGCUGGACAAGGCCAGAAGCAAGGAGUCUUCCCAAGAGGGCAAAAAAGAAAGGGAUUCACGGACACUUUUUGUGAAAAACCUUCCCUUUUCUACCACGGUUGAUGACCUGAAAGAGGUUUUUGAAGAUGCGGUUGAUGUAAGGGUUCCCCCUGGCCAGAAUGGGGCCAACAGAGGAAUUGCCUACAUUGAGUUUAAAAGUGAAGCGGAUGCAGAGAAAAUGCUGGAAGAGGCACAGGGUUGUGAUAUUCAGGGAAGGUCGGUUGUCCUGGACUUCGUGGGAGAAAAAAGCCAGAAAGGGGGAAAGGUAGCAGCAUCAGCCCCAGCUGGCAAGGUAUUAGUUGUGAAUAACCUUGCCUUCAGCGCCACAGAAGAUGCUUUGCAAUCCACAUUUGAAAAGGCAGUUUCCAUUAGAAUCCCACAGAGAGAUGGCAGACCCAAAGGGUUUGCCUUUCUAGAGUUUGAGAACACAGAAGAUGCUAAGGAAGCUUUAGAAACGAUGAACAACACAGAGAUCGAAGGUCGCUCGAUUCGAAUUGAGUACAGUCAGAACAGCGGUGGUAGGCAGGAUGGAGGCAGGGGAAACUCUGGUCCAACAAAGACUCUGUUCGUCAAGGGUCUCUCAGAGGAUACAACGGAUCAAACCCUCAGAGAAGCGUUUGAAGGUUCAGUGGGUGCUAGAAUUGUCACAGACAGAGACACAGGGUCAUCUAAAGGCUUUGGCUUUGUGGACUUUGAUAACGAGGAUGACUGCAAGGCAGCCAAAGAAGCUAUGGAGGACGGCGAAAUCGACGGUAGCAAGGUGACUCUGGACUAUGCCAAGCCUAAGGGUGAAGGUGGUUUCCGUGGGGGUCGUGGCGGCGGCGGCUUCGGUGGCCGCGGCGGCGGCAGAGGAGGUCGCGGUGGCUUCGGUGGCCGUGGCGGCGGCUUUGGUUUCGGCGGCAGAGGUCGAGGAGGCCCUCGUGGCGGUGGAAGAGGUGGACGUGGUGGUUUUGGAGGUGGACGAGGUGGCGGUGGAUUUGGAGCCAAGCCUCAAGGAAAGAAAAUUAAGUUUGAUGACUAAAUUUAGUCUUUUACUUUUUGAAUGGACUCUGGUUUCAUCAGUUUUCAGAGCUUUUGGACAUUCCAGAAAGCGUCGUUGAUAAAUAUUUAACUGUUAAUGGGCAUUUUAGCCCUUGUAUUUGGAAUCCUCCAACUCUACCUGCCCUUCUGUGCCAAAAUGGCGCUCAAGAUAACAACUCGUGCGAGUACUGAAUGUCCUUAGUAAAAAAAAAAAAAAAAAAAACCUGCACCCCUCCACCUCUUUAGUUUGUAAUUCUAAAAGAGUAUAAUGGAAUGGGUCCAGCAAACCAGUUUGCUGUGAAAACUGAACGUCUUUUUUUCCCCCCACUUUCCCUCAGAUACAUACAUGUGUAAAUUAAACAGUUUGUAUGAUUUCUAUUAUCGUUUUGUAAAAAACAAAAUACACUUGUAUCCUUAUUUUGUUUUUGUUUGUCGUUUAGUUUGCUUUAGUCUUAAUGUAAUGUGUAAAGCAUAUUUUGAUAGCGUUUGAGUCCUAAGUUUGGUUUCGGCAAAAAUGUCAUGUUUAUCGGGAUGUGCUCUGGUCGAGUUGGAGAUUGACUGCACCUGAAUCGUGUAACAUAUUUGUAGUGUGUUGACUGUUUCCCAUUUGAGAAUUUAAUUGUCUCAUUGAAUAAACCUUGAAGGUGAUUUUUAAA